AUGGUUAAGGGUCCAGGCCUUUACACUGAAAUUGGCAAGAAAGCCAGAGAUCUAUUGUACAAGGACUACCAGACUGAUCAUAAGUUCACUCUAACUACCUACUCUGCUACUGGUGUUGCUAUCACAUCCUCUGGAACUAAGAAAGGUGAUCUGUUUGUUGCUGAUAUCAAUACUCAGCUGAAGAACAAGAACAUCACCACUGACAUCAAAGUGGACACAAGCUCCAAUCUCUUUACCACCAUUACAGUUGAUGAACCUGCUCCUGGUUUGAAGGCAAUCUUUAGCUUCAAAAUUCCUGAACAAAGGUCUGGAAAGGUUGAAGUACAGUAUCUGCAUGACUAUGCAGCUGUAAACUCAAGCAUCGGGUUGACAGUAAACCCAUCUGUUAACUUCUCUGGUGUGAUUGGGACCAAUGUUGCCUCGCUUGGAACAGAUCUCUCAUUUGACACAAAAACUGGGGACUUUACCAAAUGCAAUGCUGGAGUUAGCUUCUCCACUGUAGACCUAGUUGCUGCAUUGACUUUGAACAACAAGGGUGAUUCUCUCCAUGCAUCCUACUACCAUAUUGUGAACCCCUUGACUGCUGUUGGUGCGGAAGUGAACCAUAGCUUCUCGUCCAAUGAGAACACAAUUACUGUUGGUGCACAGCAUGCAUUGGAUCCAUUGACCACAUUGAAGGCACGGGUGAACAAUGCUGGCAAGGCAAGCACACUUGUUCAACAUGAGUGGCGGCCAAAGUCUUUCUUCACCAUUUCUGGAGAGGUAGACACCAAGGCCAUUGAGAAGAGUGCAAAGGUUGGAUUGGCUCUAGCUUUCAAGCCAUGA